CGCUUAGCUUGCACCUCCACGGCCGCUGUCAUUCCCGCUGUCUCGGCCGCUUCUGCCUCUUCCCCGCUGAGACGAUGACCGUGGGCAGGUCUGCAGGAGCCUCCGGCGGCGCUCAGUGGAGCCGUCAGAUAUUUCCCCCCAAAUCCUCCUCAGACACAGAGGCAGAAGAGGAGCUGUGUGGGGAUGGGCUGGUUUUGCCCAGGGCUGGCAAACUCAGUGAGUUCAUCAGCCCAGAGGAGGAGACAGAUGCUACUUCUGACUCAACUGCGAGUUUUUACGAGACCCUGCAGGCACUAAGGCAGAAAGGCAGGUGGUGCCUGUUGGAAUCCCUUUAUCUGUCUGACCCAGACAGUGAUGAAAGCCUCUCUGAAGAUGAUGAGGACCUGGAGAGUUUCUUCCAAGACAAAGGCAGGGGAAAGCUGCAGGUUCAGUCCCCCCCGUCUCCGAGGUGUGGCUCCAUGAGGCGCUGCAGCUCCUUGAGCAACCUGCCCUCCGAUCUUCCCAAGGCUCAGCCUCAGCCACCCUCCAGCUCCAGGCCUCUCUCCCAGCACAGAAGCAUCAGCUCCUGGGCAUCAUCCAUCACCGUCCCUCAGCCGUUCCGCAUGACGCUGCGCGAGGCCAGGAAGAAGGCCCAGUGGCUGGCUUCGCCUGCCUCCUUUGAGCAUGAGAGGCAGCAGGCCCAGAAGCAGGGCCAGGAGGAGGCCGAGUGCCACCGGCAGUUCCGGGCACAGCCUGUGCCUGCGCACGUCUACCUGCCCCUCUACCAGGAGAUCAUGGAGCGCAACGAGGCACGCAGGCAGGCAGGGAUCCAGAAGAGGAAGGAGCUGCUCCUCUCUUCCUUGAAGCCCUUCAGCUUCCUGGGGAAGGACGAGCAGCGAAAGAAAGCCAUUCAACAGAGGGACCUGGUCGCCACAGCUAAGGCCAAAGUCCCCAAGCAGAAGGCCACCAGGAGGAUCCCCAAGUCCAUUCUGGAGCCAGCCCUCGGGGACAAACUCCAGGAAGCUGAGCUCUUGAGGAAAAUUCGCAUCCAGAUGAGAGCCCUGGACAUGCUCCAGAUGGCCUCCUCCCCCAUCGCUUCCUCCAGUGGCCGGGCUGACUCACAGCCUCGAAUAGCCACCCGGACCCGGGAGGAGAAGCUUGGGUUUCUGCACACUGACUUUGGAUUCCAGCCUCAGGUGAAUCCUGCCGUCCCUGACUAUGAAGAACUUUACAAGGCCUUCCAGAAAAGAGCUGCCAAGAGAAGAGACACCCAGGAGGUGACUCGCAACAAGCCCUUCUUGCUGAGAACCGCCAGUCUGCGUCGUACUCCUCGGCCCUGUGAUGCUGCCGCCUCUGAAGGGAGGAGGGAAUCUCCACAGCCACCCGGCACACCCCUACCAAGGAGUCGUUCUCUGAGUGGCCUUGCUUCCCUCUCUGCCAACACCCUCCCCGUGCACAUCACAGACGCCACCAGGAAGAGGGAAUCUGCAGUCAGACGUUCACUUGAGAAAAAGGACAAAGCAGAUCAAAGUACUCAGUGGUCGGAGAUGCACAAAAAGAAGUGUCAGGCGAUAUCUAAAUCUGUGACCUUGCGUGCGAAAGCCAUGGAUCCCCAUAAAAGCCUGGAGGAGGUGUUCAAAGCAAAGCUGAAAGAGAAUCGGAACAAUGACCGUAAAAGAGCAAAAGAGUAUAAGAAAGAAUUGGAGGAAAUGAAGAAGAGAAUACAAAUAAGGCCCUAUCUCUUCGAACAAGUUACCAAGGACCUUGCCAGGAAGGAAGCAGAACAACGGUAUCGAGACACCCUGAGGCACGCUGGGCUGGAUGAAGACUUUGUGAGGAACAAGGGUCAGGGCAACCGGGCUUUACAAUGGAAGGAGCAAUCAGAAGUCCGUGAUUGUCCCAGCACUCAUGAAACUUGUAAACUCGGCAUCAGGAAUCCACGGCAGGAUUUAGAAGAAUCUCUAGAACAGCCUACAAGCCCCAAGAAAGAACUAGAGGAGCUGUCUUAUGAAUUACCAGAUAAUCUCAAAUCAUUUGGUUAAUCAGUAUACUUAAAACUACUGCUUUCGAAUAAUAUCAAGCAGCUACCUUGGGGUUGAGUCAAGGCAGGCAAAACUUGGGUUUUGAGUCAUGGUUACUUUUGGAGAAUGGGGGAAAGAAAAGUAGAUAACAGAGAAUGGUCCAAGUAAAUCAAAGUGGAGAAGUUCAGGGUAGAGGGAUCAGAGCUAAUUAAGGGUUCUUGCUUUGUGCCUCACACUUAAGCAUACAGGUACAGAAAAAAGGGCAUAAGCCCAAAUGCCUACAGAGGCUAGUCAGGAAACAAAUGGGUCAAAUGGGCUGGCUGUCAGAUUAGCAGGAGAUAGUAGAGACUAGAGAAUAUCAACCCUGAUGGAAUACAGGCCCAGAAUUGCCAGAUCAACCACAUUUUCAACAGAAACCAGAAAUGUGCAUGUCGGCAACUAAUUUAAAACUUACUGGAAAUUCCCUGGCCGUCCAGUGGUUAGGACUCCAUGCUUUCACU